GUCUCGUGAGCUGUAGGAGAGUGCUGGGUCACUGCAGACAGAGGAAGGCUGAGGACACCCAUAUAUACAGAGCAUAGCUGAGGACACAGCCAGACACCAUGGAGGGCUCAGUGCUGACUGUACUACUGCUCUGUGCUAUGGUCCUGACAGGAUCAGCAAUCAUCAGGAUACCUCUGACAAAAUUUACUUCUAUACGGAGGACACUUACUCAGUCUGGUGAGGAUUUGACAAAGCUGAUUGGAGAUGGAUACAACAAAUAUUACCCUGGUUUUCCACCAAAUGGAGGCCCCACACCAGAGACACUAAAGAAUUAUCUGGAUGCCCAGUACUAUGGUGAGAUUGGCAUUGGGACUCCUCCUCAGCCAUUCACAGUGGUGUUUGACACAGGAUCAUCUAACCUCUGGGUGCCCUCCAUCCACUGCUCCCUGCUGGACAUUGCCUGCUUAAUACACCACAAGUAUGAUUCUUCCAAAUCCUCCACCUAUGUGAAGAACGGAACAGAUUUCUCCAUCCAGUAUGGCAGCGGGAGCUUGUCUGGGUACUUGAGUCAGGACACUGUGACGGUAAGAUCUUCAAAUGUACUGAAGUCUGGGAUUGGAAACCUGGCUGUGAAAGGACAGCUUUUUGGGGAAGCCAUCAAGCAGCCUGGUAUUACCUUUAUUGCAGCCAAAUUUGAUGGGAUAUUGGGCAUGGCAUACCCACGAAUCUCUGUUGAUGGAGUUCCUCCCGUGUUCGACAACAUCAUGCAACAGAAGCUGAUCGAAAGCAACAUAUUCUCCUUUUACUUAAAUAGGAACCCAGAAUCCCAGCCUGGUGGCGAGCUGUUACUAGGUGGUACGGAUCCCAAGUAUUACACUGGAGAUUUCAACUACCUCAACAUCACCCGCAAAGCCUACUGGGAAAUUCAUAUGGACCAGAUGAGUAUCGGCAAACAACUCACUCUAUGUAAAGGAGGCUGUGCAGCCAUUGUGGACACUGGAACAUCGCUGAUCACUGGCCCAAAGGAUGAAGUGGUGGCACUGCAGAAAGCUAUUGGAGCUAUACCUCUAACUCAGGGAGAGUAUAUGGUCCAGUGUGAUCAGGUGCCUUCUUUGCCUGUCAUUUCAUUGACACUUGGAGGGAAAGCAUACACCCUGACUGGGGAGCAGUAUACUCUGAAGGUAAAACAGGGAAGUCAAACUAUCUGUGUGAGUGGAUUCAUGGGUCUUGACAUUCCCCCUCCAGCUGGACCCCUGUGGAUUCUGGGAGAUGUCUUUAUUGGCCCGUAUUAUACUGUCUUUGACCGGGCUAAUGACCGUGUGGGUUUUGCCAAGGCCAAAUGAUUGAAACAUCCUAUACAAUCACUGGAACUUUUCCUUGGGUCAUC